GUGGUCCAUGAGCAGCCUCUAAGCAGGGAUAAGCCCUUCAGGUGCUUGGAAUGUGGGAAGAGCUUCAACCGUAGCUCCACCCUGCUCCAACACCAGCACAUGCACACUGGGGAACGGCCCUACACGUGUGGGGAAUGUGGGAAGAGCUUCAGCCGUAGCUCCAAUCUCUGCACCCACCGUCGCAUCCACACUGGAGAACGGCCCUACAAGUGCUUUAAAUGUGGGAAGAGGUUUCAGACCAGCUCAAAUCUCCUCCUGCAUGAGCAGACACACACGGAUGAGAGGCCCUUCCGCUGCAUGGACUGCGGGAAGGGAUUCAAGCGGAACUCCAACCUCCUCACCCACGGGCGCAUCCACACUGGGGAGAAACCCUACAAGUGUGGAGAGUGUGGGAAGAGCUUUAGCCGAAGCUCUCAUCUGCUCCGCCACCAGCACAUCCACACUGGAGAACGGCCCUACACCUGUGGGAAAUGUGGGAAGAGCUUCAGUGACAGCUCCAACCUCCGCAGUCACCAGCGCAUCCACACUGGAGAACGGCCCUACACAUGUGGGGAAUGUGGGAAGAGCUUCAGGGAGAGCUCCACCCUCCAUGUCCACCAGCGCAUCCACACCGGGGAAAGGCCCUACAAGUGCUUGGAUUGUGGGAAGAGGUUUCAGACCAGCUCAUAUCUCCUGAAGCACAAGCAGGCACAUACAGGGAAGUGGGCCUUCCACUGCACUGACUGUGGGAAGGGGUUCAACCAGAACUCCAACCUUGUCACCCACCAGCACAUCCACACCGGGCAGAGGCCCUACAAGUGUGGGGAGUGUGGGAAGAGCUUUCCCCAGAGCUGUCACUUGACCAGACACCAACGGACCCACCGAUAAUAGAACCCCGGUGAGUGCCCCGACUGUGGGAAGAGCUUCGGCCGCUGCUUCCACCCCAAAUGAACCCCCUGAUGGUGAGGCAACCCCUGGAGUCCAGUGACUGUCAGUCCAUCCCUUUCGACCAGAAAGGGCCAGUCCCCUUUCCCAGUGGCUGGUUCUUGCAACAGAACCCUUCUUGGGGUGUCAGUCCUGGAAGUUUAGAGCAGAGAUCUCCCCACCAGCAU